CAGUAGAGACGAGCGCGGAUAUGAGAGAACAGGGGAGCGGCACACAUUGACCCGAAUCUGCGGCACACAGAGCGCACAGCAGACGCCGCCACACGCCGUCGGCAGAGGGACAAGCGGAGAGACGGACAGACUGCAGUAGUUGGUGUCAUGGUGUGCCCAGUAGACCUGCAUUCCGAAGUUAAAUAAUAUUUCAAAGGAAGGGACUGCGGUUUGAGAGCGGCUUUCGGUUCCGCUGCUUCGCUGCGCGCCUCUGUUGUGAUUUGAGCAGGUUGUCCUGUAAUUUUUUGAAGGGGACAGAACGAGUUACAUUUUGUCCUGCCUUUCAAAACCACUAGGAUUUUUGUCCUUCGGUUAAAUUCGACUGACUCAUUAAUCUAUUCUUAUUUUUCCUUUGUGAGGGCGAUACGGGACUUUCAGUUUGCUCAUGUUCCGGUUAGGGAAAUGCGCUGUUGCGUCUGUUGGGCACAGCUGGUUUAGUCAGACUUGACAACCCGUUUUUUUAGCUUGUGUCUGUCGCUGCCCGAAGCGGAUCUGGGGUUUCUAGACCUCAACAGACAGGGCACAUCGGGGCCGUUUCCUCUGACGGCUCUCAAUUGACAGCAGACCCCCGGUUUAUAGAACCUCGUACCGUGUCCUCUGGUGCUUUGGAUGGGGGGUAAGCAGAGCACAGCGGGGCGGCCCCGGGGAGCUUUUCCCGGUGUCUCGACGGAUGACAGCGCAGUGCCACCCACGGCCCACUUCGGGCACUACCGACCAAGCGGCGCAAUGGGUUUGCGCAGCCGAUCCGUGAGUUCCGUGGCAGGGAUGGGCAUAGAUCACAGUGCCGCGGUGCCAUUCGGAUUUUACACCGCCCGAGGGACUGGCGACACUGACAGAGCCGGGGGAGAUUCUGGGUCGAAUACGGCUCAUGGAAACGGUUACCAAGAAACGGGCGGGGGGCACCAUACGGACGGUAUGCUGUAUCUGGGAUCUCGGGGGUCGCUCGCAGACACCUUGCCCCUGCACAUAGCGCCCCGGUGGUUCAGCGCUCACAGCGGCUUCAGGUGUCCGAUCUGCUCCAAGUCGGUGGCGUCCAAUGAGAUGGAGGUUCACUUCAUCAUGUGUCUGAGCAAGCCCCGCCUCUCCUACAAUGACGACGUACUGGCAAGGGACGCGGGGGAGUGUGUGAUCUGUCUGGAGGACCUGCAGCAGGGAGACACCAUCGCCAGACUGCCCUGCCUCUGCAUCUACCACAAAAGCUGUAUAGACUCCUGGUUUGAGAUCAAUCGGUCCUGCCCUGAGCACCCCUCUGACUGACAGCCAGAUCUACUGCUAUAACAGGGCACUUUAUGGACCUAACUUGGAUAUCUGGACACUGAAAUAACCAAAAAACAAAAAAAAUAUUACUAUUCAAUUUAAAAAACAAUCAACCAACUAACCAAUCAACAGAAAACAUAGCAGACUGACUGAAACCAAAUGAAAAGAAAAAAAAACAUCCAACCAACCGACACCUCGGAACAAGAUCCAGAGCCCCGUCCCUUUUACCCUGGCCCCUCCUCAGCCCUCUCUGCCCCGCCCCCGGACCCGCCCACACAAACUCUGCUGCUGUGACCCACCCCAGCUCUGUGCCUCUCAGGCCCUGAACACAAAGCCUUCUGGAAGGUGAAGAGGAGCAGGAGGAAGGAAACUCUAGGGGGGGAGGAGCAAAAAGAUGAUGUCACACUUCCUGUGUGGAGGCGGGCCUUCCUGUACGUGUCAGCACGUUUCAUGCUUGUGCGUUUUGUUUUUAUUUUCUAACGAGAUACCCGAGUGUGUCGAGCAACAUGGAGAGAGACAGAGUUGUGCUCUGUGUGUGCAUCUGUGUGUCAGACAAAGACUGUGUGUGGCUUUGUGUGUGCAGUAUGUGUGUGCGAGACCGAGAGAUUGUGUGUGAAAGACAGAGAGAGAGAGAGAGCGAGAGAGAUUUUGUGUCUGUGUGAGAACUGGUGGUGGUAAUAAAAUGACAAUGGGCUCUAUUCUUGGUCACACUUUAUUUGGGGAGAGAGGGAGUGGUAUGUCAAACUAAUUUAAAGCAGGGGUGUCAAACUCCAGUUCUGGAGGGCCGCUGGUGGCUUUUGUGCUUUCUGUUUAAUCAGCAGCCAGUCAAAGCCUUUGAGGAUGAAGUGUGUGGACUCUUUAGCCAAUGAACAGAAUUGGCGGUGCCGAAAUGCACCAAAAACCAGCAGACACUGUGGCCGUCCAGAACUGGCGUUUGAAAGACUGAAAACAAGCCUGGCAGCAGAGGUCAAAGGUCAGUUUGGGAUACUGUUGGUCUCAUAAAUGUUUACAGAUGAGAUGUGUUCAUUUUCCCCUGCAGUAUGCAUGUGUGUGUGCGUGUGUGUGUGUGUGUGUGUGUGUAUUGGGUCUUUCCUUCAUGCUGAUGUUUACAGGUCAUUGAAAUUAAAAACAAAAAUUGGACAAGAAUUUUUUUUUUUUUUUUUUUUCUCUCCUCUCUUUCCUUUUUCAAAUAGCCUUUUACCCAGGAGGUUCAGGCCUUGCAGUAAUUGUUGAUAUCGCGAGUGUAAAUGUUGCUUUCGGUUUUAUAUUUUCUGUGUCCUGCUGAAGUCACGUCAUUUUUCGAAUAAUCGCUGGACCGGGAUGAGCAGCCUUGACAUUAAUGUAACUGAGCAUAUGAGUACAAUUUCGGCAUAUUCAUUAAACAGCCAUCAACACCGCCAAACGCAGAGGAGUAUUGUAAUGGUAAGAGGAGCUCGGGCUUGCUUUGACUGCAGGUUCACCUAAAUGUCAACGCAACAAAUUCAGCAAAAAUGCUCUGCAGGUGCGUUUGGGAAUUGGGCCUAACUAAUCCCUCAAAACAGGCAUUAAGUGUAGGCAACAGUUUGUACUUUAUGUACGGAAUGCAAAUGUUACACUGAGCCGCAUAUGUUAAAAGUAACCCCUUCACUUAAUGUCGAAUUUGUGGAAUCAAAAUGAUCAGCGUUUCAAAUGGGUCAGAUCAAUUACAAAUUCAGCGCGACCAUAUGAGUUUGGGUCGGUGAAGAUAAUCCAUAAUCCGAAUUGAGCAUAUCAAACAGUGUACCAAGUGUAUAAUUAACAGCUAAACUGGACGAAAAUGUUGCCCUCAAUGUCACCUUAAGCACCGCUACCAAGAAGACAGUCACGAAUGAGGAUACACAGGUGGAACAGUAAACCGUUAUUAAGCGACGCGUUCCCGAUCUUAAGAAUUUAAAUUUUUAUCCCCGCUGUUUCGGGCGCUCCUGUUGCGUUUAAGUGAUUUUACUGUGAAGGCCGUGUAACCCACAAGAGGUUUUGAAAAUAACUGGUUGCAGAACCGUCCCGUGGUGUGCGGGAAUCCCUGUAAAAAGGUUGUGUUGACUGAACGCGCUCUGGAUAAAAUAGUGGAAAAAAAUAGAGAUUACUUGUCAUGUUGUCAAUUUAAAAUACUGUAAAAUUCAUAAAACAAGUAAAUUACGAUUUGUUUAUUUUUUCAUGACGUGCGUUUUUAAGAACCUGUUUGUAAAUUGAGAUCCUAUUAUGUUUUUGUUCCCCCCCCCCCCUUUCAACGAUUAAAAGUAGCCUAUAGGCUAUUUAUGUAACAAUAACCAAUUUAAUUAAUCGAAACUGCCAGCUCAGCAACUACCAACUCAAUCGAUUUGUGUGAUAAGUCAUCACAACAUACAUAUCACAUAACUUGUUGGGUCAAUCAAUUUCUCAGAAUCUUCUCUUCUAUGUUAGCCCCGCCCCCUGUGACCAUCUUAUUGGUGCAGAGAACACACCGGUACGGUUCUGUUGAUUUGCUUUUGUUAUUUUACUGGAUUUUUCUGAUGUGAAUGAAUGCCGUUUUUUUUCAGAGAUAAUUGAUGCUGGUGGGAUGACCUGCCUCCUAUUAUGAAUCCUAAUAAUACAAAAGAAAAAUCUAAAUGUGUGUAUACGUUUUUAAGAUGUCCGGCAACGGAAAUGUAAAAAAAGGCUGUGUUGGGAAUUAAAAGGGAUUUAUUGACAGUG